AGGAGGUGAAUUACAAAAUAUUUAUGAGUUUUGAAAUAGUUUGGGCAAUUUUUCGGCCCUAGCACCACCACCUUCAUACUUCGUACUACCAGCGGCCACCAAAACGCGAUUCCGGCUGCUUGGUGACCUUUUCCACUUAACCGCGGCAGAAGGUUUGCAACUCUCUGCCUUGGUUGCCUACCAUCUCCAUUGCCCUUGCCAAAGUUUUGUGCUGCACGGUCGACCUUUCUCACUCACUCUACCAACUCUGUUUGCUUUCAAUCUCUUUCCUUCGCCGUUUUAACCUUCCAUUGCCAGCUUUCGGUUUCCUUCUCUAACCUGGGCAAUGGAAAGACAGGGACUCGAUGCCAAUUGAUAACCGUGUGCUUUUGUUUUCUGUUUUGUUCAUGGAUCUGAAAGCUAUAGUUUUCUCUUCUGUAUUGAGAUCGUUGUAUCCUUGACUUCAGAUGUUCAUCCACUUUAGAAAAAUAGCGACUUCAUUAAAACCCAAGUUCUCAAAUUCCCUCAACAAGCUUUAUUCCCAUUUGCCGUUGAGGAAAAAAGUGCUCAACCUUCCGUCCCAACAUUCUCCAGAAUCCCUCACAAGUUCCCAACUCAAGGCACUAGUUCUCAGUCGUUUCUCCCAUGGGAAGUUCGUCGACCUUUUUCAAAAUGUCGUUGCCUCUCCCUCUGUUCUUCUCACUGCCUCUCGAAACCUCAUCACUCCGCCAUUCAGUAAUGCCCCCGAUUCCUUACCCCUUUCCGAUUUGGUCUCCAAAUGCUUUUCGGUCGAGGUCAUGGCUCGUGAGCUCUCUGAAAAUCGUUUUGAUGUUGGAGCUUGCUGUGUUCCGAUGGCACCAUUGGAAGAGAAAGGUGAGUCUUUGGUUUUACCGAAUUUGAAAUUGAAGGUCUUAAUUGAGGCUAUUAGGAUGGUGUUGGAAAUUGUUUAUGAUGAACGAUUUGUAACUUUCUCUUAUGGUGGGCGUGUCGGUAUGGGGCGACACACUGCGAUUAGGUACCUGAAAAACUCGGUGCAAAACCCUAGUUGGUGGUUUACUGUUGCAUUUCGUCGCAAAAAGUUUGAAUCUGUACAUGUAAAUACGUUGUGUUUAUUGAUGCAAGAGAAAAUUAAGGAUGAUAUUUUGAUUUAUAUGUUAAGGAAACUGUUUGAAGUGGAAGCAAUUCAAAUUGAAUUGGGUGGUUGUUAUUUAGGAAGGGGUUUCCCUCAGGAAAGUGGUUUGUGUUCCAUCUUGUUAAAUAUAUACUUCAAUGGCUUUGAUAAGGAAAUUCAACGAAUUCGACUCCAAAAAAAUGAAGAAAAUCCUAAGUUCAAUCUGGACGAGAUUGUUUCUUUUCAUAAUCCAGUAAAAAUAUAUGCUGUUAGAUAUCUCGAUGAGAUAUUAGUUAUAACAUCAGGGUCAAAGAUGCUAACAAUGGAGUUGAAAAGCCAGGUCCUAAAGUAUUUAGAAGGGAAUUUAGAAUUGGAAGUGGAUCGAAUGAAUACUGCGAUUCAUAGUGCUGUCUCAGAGAAAAUUGGUUUCUUAGGAAUGGAACUACAGGCUGUAACACCUUCAGUUCUACAUCCUCCAAUGUCGGAGAAGGCAAUUAGGGCAAGGAAGAAGUACCUUAGACAAAAGGAAGUUAGAGCAAUAGAAUUGAGAAAUGCCCGUGAGAGAAAUAGGAAAAAAUUGGGAUUAAAGAUAUUGAGUCACGUGUUCAAGAAAUUCAAGCGAACUGGUGGGUUUAAAUCUGAAUUUCAAAUUGAGACGGAAGUUAGAAGUAUCUUCAGAAAUUGGGCCGAUGAAGUGGUGCAAGAUUUCUUUGAGUCCUCUGAAGAUCCUGCAGAGUGGCAUCGUGUGCUGUCAGCAGGUGACUUCCUCUCUUUAAAACACAUAAGAAAUCAAUUGCCAGAAGAUCUUGUGAAUGCUUAUGAUAGGUUUCAAUAUCAAGUAAACAAGCACUUGAAUCCUGUAAAGGUUAAAAAGGAAAAGGCUCGGGAGGAUGAAGAGAAAAGAUUGGAGGAAGAAGAACUAUAUGCCAAAAGAACAGUUGAGGACUUAACAAGGCUAUGCAUCAAAGUUGAUGCUCCUAUAGAGCUUGUUAGGAAGGCAGUCAGGAUGGUUGGGUUUACAAAUAAAAUGGGUCGUCCUCGGCCAAUUAGCUCACUCAUUGCUCUUGAAGAUGCUGAUAUUAUCAAGUGGUAUUCUGGUGUAGGAAGACGGUGGUUAGACUUCUUCUGCUGUUGUCAUAACUAUAAGAUGGUAAAAACUGUUGUGACUUACCACUUAAGGUUUUCUUGUAUUUUGACAUUGGCAGAAAAACAUGAAUCAACCAAACGAGAAGCCAUGAAACAUUACGGUAAGGAUUUGAAAGUCUUUGAUCUGAAUGGCAAUGAAGAAAUGCACUUCCCAACAGAAAAAGCAGUUAAGAUGUUGGGAGAAAGAAAUCUUGCAGACCCGUAUCCUGUGGAUGGGGCUUUAUCUUUGCUUCUGAUUAGGUUAGCCACCGAUGAAGCUUCCUAUCCUUGUAUUGCUAAUUUUUGCAAUAGAACAAACUCUAUUUUAUACCGUGUCCGAUUACUGCAAAGGACUCUGAAUGUCAAUCCAUCUGAUGGAGUGGAAUGGGUGAAAGGGAUGGGAGUGAUUCAUGAAAGUUUAAAUCAGAGAUGCCUCCCUCUUUGUGCUGAUCACAUUAGUGAUUUAUACAUGGGGAAAAUUAACCUUCAAGACUUGGAUUGCACCUUAUCAUUGGAUAUGGACUGAAUGUAGUUCAUUUUACUUUGGAGUUCUUUUCAUCCUCCAUGUCGACAAGAUUCAUGGAUAGCUGCCUUUGUUGUUCAUAGGAUGAAACUUCUAUCAUCUGACAUAUACAGCUCACACAAUUUUCACUCUUUGGUUUGCUAGUGAAAGAGAAGAGAUGGGUGGUAUUUAAGGGUGAGAAUGGGAUACGUCAAUUCUAGGAAGAACUGGGUUUGCUGAUGAUGAUUGCUUAUAUUUUAUUGCCGCGGUGGAAUGGAUAUGUUGGUUAAAUGGACAGCGUAAAAAGGCUCCAACCCCAGAGGAAAUGAUGGAGCUAGAAGCUAGGCGUGAACGUGUACGACAAAAUGUUG